AUGGAUGCGUCUGCCUCGGCGGUGAGCCGAAACGGCAAUGGCAAGCGUAAAUACGAACAUGGGCCCGUCAUGAGAGUGAGCUCACCUUUCAUCAACACCGCCAGUUCGUCAUACCAGCAAGCAUGCUCCAAACCCUUCAAUGGCCGCAAACUCGUCUUUCAGCCAUUAGCAACAUCAAAUCGACUGUCUGGAGAUGACACUUCCCACCGUUGUGAGCCGCCGGCAGUACCACAUGAGACUACAACAGGAGGGCCGGCCUCUGCCGGCCAAUUUACCUUCGUCGUCAGCACGGCCGAUAACUUCCUGCCCGGUCAGCGUUAUCGCACAGCGCGCUAUAGCCGUCAAACAUCCGUUUCACUAGGCGAUGACGGUGAACCAGCACACAAGAGAUUGCGACUGACCUGCGAGACACAGCAAGCGCAGAAGCCCAUCCUGAGGCCGAGUCGCCCAAUUGCGAUAUCAGACCAGGUGAAUAGUGAUAUCUGGCAGGGUAUAUUAAGUUACUGCGACCCCAAGCUUCUACUCAAGCUCAAAACCAUAAAUUCCGCCUUUUACCGCCUGCUAUCUGAUCGUUCCGCAAUAUGGAAACAAAGCAGGCAAAAUUACUUCGGGGCGGACAUGCCAGAUUGCCCUCAGGGUCUAACAGAGCAACAGUACGUUGAUCUUUUGGCGGGCAGGGGGUGCCAAAGCCGCACCUGUCCUAACGAGAAUACUGCGAGGGUCUUCUGGACAUUUCAGACUCGCCUGUGUCCAAAGUGUUUCAAGGAGAGAACAAUACGCGCCGACGAUCUUCCUCUUCAGCGAUGCCACAGCAUAUAUUUAUCUAAUAUCAAAGACUCUGCGGACACUAGAGUGCAGCUUUGGGAACUGCUUCCAAUGGCACGGAGCGAUGGUCGUCGUUAUAUGCAACCUCGCCCUGUCGAUGUCACCACCAACAGCUGGCGAGGUGGCUCCAACUCAUGUCAUUUUGCCUUCCUCAAAUCAUCCUACGCCCAGUUAGAAGAUAUGUAUCUGGACUUCGUGGCUAGUUCGCCUCAAAGCAACGAUGCCCUCAAAGGGUGGGUGGAGGGCGUUCGGAGGCAGACGAUGGCAUUCAUGACCGAGGUACAACAAAUAGAAGCCUGGUAUAAAGUGCGAAACGGGGCGGACAGGGACUUGCAACAGGUGAGAAUUGACUUCUUCGAGACGCGGGCGGCACAACUGUCCCCGCCCCUGCAAAGCCGCAUCCUGUGGAACAUGGCCGCUUUCCGGCGGGUGAUAAGGGUCCCACAGGCACCAUCAGAGAGAUCGUGGAACACGCUCAAAGCGAAGAUCUUGCCCUACCGGGAACAGGCGGAGCAAGUCGAACAGUUCAAGAUUGCCAUGGCUCACCGAGAUCAUUCGCGAUUCUCUCCUAGCAUCAGAUUGUCUGAAAAAUUGCAUGACCAUCGAUCAGGUCGAAGCAAAUGGGUCCGGACAUUGCAACCCGAGCAGACAUUCGUACUUGAGCUCGGCCAAGAAGUGUUUGCCCGUUGCUUGGAUGACAAAGUGGCAGACGAAGACCUCUUAUUGAUGUGCUUGAAUGGUGUCUACCAUGUAUAUGAGCAGUUGAAGAAAACAUCAAAGUGCCCGGUCGGGCUUAAUUUCGAUGGCACUACGGGUCCAUAUAUACUUACUCUGGAUGACGCUCGCAUGAUCGUGGAGGAUGUCUUCAUGAAAGAAAUCUCGCCGCGAUCUCAACGAGGCGAGACAGUCUUUCGGGGCCUGAGAUGCAGAGGCUGCCAUCGCAGUGACUUCAUCAAGACAUGGUCUUUCACGGCGGCUUUUGAACACAUACUGGAAGCACACAGCCAACAGAUUGGCGAAGGCUUGGAGUUCUGGCGGUUUGCAGUUCCGUUUGGGUCGUGUAAACUACGCGACGGGCGCGACGGGCCACUACGCUUCCCAUGGUACAGCGUGCCUUGGCCCAAGUGCCUGCCCCUGGCUCCGAGUCACCAAGAAACUCGGGAAAUGGGUCAUUGGCAUCCGGAUUCCAAUGAAGUUUAUACGCCAUUGAGGGUCCGCAACACAAUCUCUGCAUUUGAAGGAAGGCAACCGCGGCACAAUGGGCUACCAGGCAGUGACUUCGUCGGCAAUAUCGUAUCCGCUGCAACUGCUCUGAAGGGGUUGUGGCUAGACGGUACUUGUCAGAUGAAAAUCGCCCUGAAAUAUGCCGCGGAUCGAUACGUUUCCACAUUAGGGACAGUAGCACCAAUCUCUUUGCUCAAGGAAAGUGUCGAGCGCCUCCGACAUGCCAAUCCGGCCAUUGAAUUGCGUUUCCGCUGUGGUGUAUGCGUCGGCGAUGGAGGCGUUGUCCAAAGUGCGAAGCAUGUGAAAUACAAACUUCCCAUCGAAACACUCCUGAUUCAUUGGGAAGAGAAGCACCACAACAGCGACCGCGUCUGGAGCCAGAACCUCAUGUCCCUGCCAUCGGACAGUGUGCUGAUGGAGCGGAUCGAAGAGGCCGACGGACGUCUGCAACACGAGAAGGAUCGUGCGAAAAACAGAACGGCCGAGCUCCCCUCAAAUCUCAGAAAACGUCCAAGACUGAAAGGCAACGUGGUGAUGCAGACUCGACUGGCCAGCGAAGCAUUGGACGAGCUGUUCGCCCGGCGGCAUCCAAACCCUUCUGAGAGCAACGUAGGAAAGCCAGCAUGCCGAACGACGGUGGCGGCAACGGAGCGGUAA